UCAUAUAAAUUUUUUUAUUCAAAUUGUUAAUUUAUUUUGAAAAUAUUUUGUAUCAUCGGUUAUUUUCUUUUAACAAGCAUCUCUAACCUUGAGCAAUUGGAACGCGUGGAUCUCGUGAAAUAUGAUAUACUUGCAAAAAGGUAUGUCGAUGACUAUACAACUUCAGUGAACAUUGCCUGUCCAGCUUAUCUGAAACACACUCAGAGCAAAAUGUCAGCCAGCAAUGCCAUAUCAGUUGCACCUUGGGGAGGUAAAGGUGGAUCUCAAUCCUGGGAAUUCAUAUUACCUGAUGGUGCUAGGCUUACCGAGAUCUCUGUAAGAUGUGGAGCUGUUCUAGAUUCCAUCUCCUUCACUUACAAGGAUCAGGAAGGCACCCACAGUUCUCGAUCAUUCGGUGGCACCGGUGGCACACCUUAUGUGACCGAGGCCUUCGCUGACGAUGAGUUAGUCAUCGGGUUAGUGGACGUGUCGGAUCACUUAACGAUUUCACUGUGAUUACGUCAUUGUCUAUCCAGACCAACAUCGUCACUUAUGGGCCAUACGGCACAUACCCGGGGGUUGAUUUCUCGAUUCGGGUCACAGAAGGUAAGUUUUUGGGAUUCUAUGGAAGGUGUGGGACUUACGUAGACUCUUUGGGUGUCAUUCUUCAGCCGAAAAUAUGAUAGAUAUGGUAGCAUGCAUGCAUGCAUGUUGUGUUUGAUGGAAAGAAAUAUUGUUAAAUGCAUGGGGGUAUCGUUUCGUCUUCUGAAUGUGGUAUUCAUAUGAAUUUUAUAUGUUUUAAGAGCGUAUCUAGUUUCUUCGAUGUGAGACUAAAAAUAAGGUCGGAUACGUAAGAAGUUACAAUUACGAUAAGCACCCUUGUUGUGCAUUUGGUUUUUUCAUCUACGUACCCUUGAAGCUACUAAAUGGAUAUUUCAUGUUUUCUUCA